CACCUACCACAUUCCUAAUCUCAGAUUCUGAAUCCAACAGAAAAAAAGAAGAAAGAAAAGAAGAAGGAAUUCCCAAUGAAGCCAAACCUGACAAAGCAAGAUCCAAUAAAGUAAAGCUCAAAAAAGACUCAGUGAAAAAAGAAGUAGGAAGUCCCAACGAAGCCAAACCCGACGAAGCAAGAUCCAAUAAAGUAAAGGCUAAAGAUCACAAUGAAGCCAAACCUGACGAAGCAAGAUCCAAUAAAGUAAAGCUCAAAGAAGACCCAGUGAAGCAAGACACAUGCAAGAAGUGUCAAGAAAAAAAAAAUACAAAAAAGCACCUACCACAUUCCCAAUAG